AUGUCCGACGAUAUAGAUUCAGAUGACAAUGAAAAUGACCAAUUCAAACAAGUAGAAGUCCGAGAAGCCGUGUCCUUCUUGAUUGAAAUCACCCCCGAUAUAUUGGCGCCUCAAAAUGAACUCAACCAAACGUCGCAAUUAUACGAAAUACUCAAUAGUGUCAAUGAUUUAAUGCAAGAUCUCAUCAUCACAUCACGCAACACCGGUAUUGGACUCUACUUCUACAAUUGCACAACUACAGCCCCGCUAAAAUCAAUGAAGUCGCCGCCAGGAUUUAAUCGUUUAUUUCAUUUGAAUGUGCUUAAUUUAACCAAUAUGAAAACCCUCAAUGACUUGAUUCAAAAUGUUGAUUCCCGUCCUUUGAAUGAGAUAUUCCAGUACCAGCCCAUGAUUCAAGAUGGCGAAUUGUGCACCGUUCUUAACAAAAUGAUUGACGAAUUCAUGAACAAACGCGAGUUCAACAAGCAACGCAUGAUUUGGAUAACGAGUAAUGAUCAUCCGUUUCAGCAGGAUUCAACUUAUGAGACGUUGUUUCGCACAAUUAAUGACUUUUAUGCGUAUGGGUUUUAUAUCGAACCGAUUUUCCUUGAGCCCAAGACACAUUCAUUUGAUCACAGUCAAUACAAGUUGAUAUUUAUGAACUCAAAUUUUAUGAAAUUAUCACAAGAACAGCUACAACAAAUGAAGCAGGAAGGAGGUAAUACUCAAGCUGAUGCAAAGCUGUUUGGGUUAACCCAACGCGGGUUUUCGAAAGAUAAUCCCAUUUUCCAAAAACUGGUUCUAUCAAAUCAAAUCCGUCAAAGCAUAUUGGAUAUCAAAUAUGUGCGACGCGUACAAUUCACAUGUAACUUGAUCCUAAGCGAUGAUGGCUCGUUGGGUGGAUCAGUCGGAUGUACAGUCAAGGGCUACAGUUUAUAUUCGCACGAAAAGAUCAAGAAACGCGAAUUGUUACUUUAUACACGAGGCGAAAUGCUUAAACGAGUAUAUAAAGAAUCGAGUUUGGUUCGUGAAGGGGAUGAAUCUAAAAUUGAAUUGAAAAGUGGUGGCCGUGGGGCAAAUGCCGCGGAGUUAUCUUUAGCUGAAAGAAAGGAAAAUGCGGGGAUCAAAAAGGGGGUUGAAUUGGGUGGUGGCGCCGAUGUGUUGUUGUUGAAUCAUGAACAGAUGAAGUUUUUGCGCAACUAUACAUUUGAUCAUCGAGUGGAAGAGAAACAAGAUGAUGAUAACGAAGGAGAAGGUGAAGGGAAUCAUGAUGACGAUGAAGAUGACGAUAACGAUGACGAUGAUAAUGAAGAAUCUACCAAAGUCAAACCUGUGUUGUUUUCUCCACCACCGUACUUGAAACUAAUUGGUUUUCGUGACUUGUCUCAUUUCAAUUAUGCAUACAGUUGCAGUGCCCCGAUAUUUAUAACGGCUGAUGUAUACAAUGGUCAUGGUGGGAGUUCGCAUACGCUAAAUGGCGGCUUCACCAAUUCUCAAUCGACUUUGGCGUCGUUGUAUCGUACAUGUGUUAAAUUGCAACAAUAUGCGAUGGUGUUUGGGUGUGUUAGAUCGAAUUCAAAACCUCGCUUAUAUUCCAUGUAUCCGACACGUACUCAAGGAUCAACUAGAGCAGCUAGGCAGGAUGUUGCUGGUGGUACUGUCAAUGGCGACGAUUUCCCACAAGGAUUUCUUUUGAUCAAGAUGCCAUGGUUGGAAGAUGUGCGCUCCUUACCUGCAAGUUACAUCAAAGAGAUAAAUAACGGCAGCGGCGGCAGUAAACCUCCAGAAGGAAAAGAAGAGACCAGCACCAAAGUGAAACUGAGGUACACAUAUGAGAAUCAAAGUGGAUCGCCUUAUGAUCAAAAGUUGGUGCUGAAAUUGAAGCAAUUAAUCCAGCAAAAUGACAUGCAACUGUAUAAUCCUCAUGAUUAUCCUAAUCCGUCGAUAAAUCAUUUCUACAAUGUAAUCAAACAUGAAUUGCUACAAAUGGAGUAUAAGAAGUGA